AUUUUCACAUUAAUGCUAAUAUCCUAAUUCGAUUUGUAAAUAGCAUUUAGGAGAAGAGGCUGUUGUUCAUACGUUUCAUCCUCAGUAUCCCAAACUAACAGAAAUUUUAUACCUUCUUUCUCUCGCGUUCUCUCUCACACCACAUCGCACUCCUCACCCGCACUUGGCACAAACAAAACCCUAUUUUCUAUUCCCACACACACUCUCUGUCUCUUCUUCUAUUUCAAUCAACGCCAUUUCGCUCUCUACAAAUUCACACUUCGCUAUUGCUCUCUCCCGCACUCUUUCUUCUUCCACCUCAAAACGCAUUCGCGUUAAUUGCCAAUACCGCUUCUACGUUCGGGCGGUUAUUGAAACGGUUGCGUUUUCGUCUCAUCAAUCACUCCCUCGCUUUUAAGUCUAGGGUUAGUUUCUCCCCUUUCUUUCUUUCGCUUUCUAAUUUCCCGAAUUUCCCCCUCUCUGUAACCCUAGUAUCCUGAGGAGUUUUUCCACGUGCGUAUUUACUAGGGUUUCUUUUUUCUCAACGCAUUUUUUAGGAGUUCCACACUGCCCUAUAGGGCUCUUUUUUAUUUUUAUUUUGGGGGUUUUCUUGGAUUGUUGGUGCUCAACUGUUUGAUUUUUAGAGUUCUUUCAUUGUCGCUGUAGCCGUACUUUUUGGUGUGCGAUCGAUUCCUCUUCAAAUUUUUUGCCCCGCAGCGAUGGUGGCUCUCUGAGUUUUCGAGGUUUUAUGCGAAUCCAUUUUUCUAAUUGAAGAUGGAGGCGUAGAGAAGCUUUUGCUUCACGGCAUUGUCUCGUGUUUCAAGUCACGGGGCUUUUGUUUUGGCCUCCGUUGUUUUGGCGCGUUGCUUGAUUGGGGAAUAGGGGAAACAGUGUCUGUUUGUGGUUUGUUGAAGCCUGUUUCAGUUAAGCGUUGUUGGAGCAGUUACGGCUUUGAAUCUGUGAUUAAUUUUGUGGAGUAACCGCUUAGGAACGUUGAAGUUAUUAUCUUUUUUACGUAGAAGGGCAGCAAAUAUCGGGGGUUGUAGCUUCUGUGAAGAUAAACUGCUGUUACUUAACUGCUGGAGAAUACUGACUUGUGGAUUAAUCUAAUUUCUUGGUGGAAUUGCUCCAAUUUUCAUUUGGUACGCUUUUCUUUCUAGGCAGGUCAUCCUUGAUUAGUUUUGGUAUCUAAAAGAAAGAAAGAUGAGGGUGACUUAGUGUCAGUACUCAGUAGUUUCUUAUUCAAGUGCAAUAGUAUUGUUCGUCGGGGAAGGGGUGGUGAAGAAGGUGCACGGGUUUUUUUGUAGUUAAAUCUGAUCAUGUUCAGUGUUCGUUAUGGAAAAAAGUGAACCUGCAUUAGUUCCACAAUGGUUGAGAAGUGCUGGAAGCGUUGCCGGGGCUGGCACUUCAGCCCACCAUUUUGCAACUCCAUCUAUUCACACGGAUUCUUCUUAUGCUGCUCAUAACACAAGGAAUAGAUCUUCUAAGACCACUAGUGAUUUUGAUAGCCCUCGUUCUGUGUUUCUUGAACGGACAUUUUCUUCAAAUUCUCGAAGGAGUAUCAACGGUUCUGCCAAGCAUGCCUAUAGUAGUUUUAACAGAAGUCACCGUGAUAAGGAUCGUGAUAGAGAGAAAGAUAGAUCAAGUUUUGGAGACUACUGGGAUCGUGACUGUUCUGAACCAUUAGCUGACCUCUUUCCUGGAAGGGUAGAGAGAGAUGCUUUGCGGCGAUCUCAUUCAAUGGUUUCCAGAAAACAAAAUGAGCUUUUGACCCACAGAGUUGCUGUAGAUAGAAAAUCUGGUGGCAACAGCAACCAUAACAGCACUAAUGACUUGCUUUCUGGGGGUAGUAUUGGUAGUAGCAUUCAGAAAGCUGUUUUUGAUAAGGAUUUUCCAUCCCUUGGAGCUGAGGAGAGGCAGGGAAUAACUGAAAUAGGGAGAGUUUCAUCGCCUGGUUUGGGUGCUACUGCUAGUCAAACUCUACCUGUUGGCAGUUCAGCUUUGAUUGGUGGGGAGGGGUGGACAUCUGCACUAGCAGAGGUGCCUACUAUAAUUGGAAGCAGUAGUACUGGAUCUCUAGCAGCGCAACAAACUGUUACUCCAACUUCUGGCUCUGUAAGUACAUCAUCUGGUCUUAACAUGGCUGAAGCUUUGGCACAGACUCCAUCUCGAGCUCGUUCUACUCCUCAGGUGUCUGUCAAAACCCAAAGGCUUGAGGAACUUGCUAUUAAGCAGUCAAGGCAGUUGAUUCCAGUAACGCCAUCAAUGCCUAAGACCCUGGUUAAUAAUUCUUCUGAGAAAUCAAAGCCCAAGACAGUAGUCAGAAAUGCUGAGAUGAAUAUGGCUGCCAAGAAUGUGCCACAGCAACCCGCUGCAUUGCACAUUGCUAAUCACUCUGUUCGUGGUGGAAAUGCCAAAGGUGAUGCUCCAAAGAUAUCUGGGAAAUUUACUGAUCUUAAAUCGGUGGUGUGGGAAAAUGGUGUUUCCCCUACUUCCAAGGAUACUUCAAAUCAAACAAAUUAUUCUAGUAGCAGACCUGGAAAUCCUCUUGCUGUUGCUUCAGCAGUUGCUUCUACACCUUUGAGGAACCCUAACAAUCUCAAAUCUCCCACAGAGCGGAAGCCUGUUUCUUUGGAUUCGAAAUUAGGUCCCACCAUGGAUAAGAAACCUUCUAUUUCUCAAGUGCAGAGCCGGAAUGAUUUCUUCAAUCUCAUCAAGAAGAAAACUCUGAUGAACUCCUCAGCUCUUCCAGGUUCUAGCCCGGUGCUUUCAUCUCUCACGAUGGAUAAAUCUAGUGAAGUGAAUAGAGAAGCCGUUGACCCUCCUGCAAAUCCUCAAGAUCUUGGAAAUGGUUCUGAAGUGACUAGCAAUGGUGAUACCCAUGUAGAUCAUGACAGACUUCCUGCUGAUGAAGAGAAAGAGGCAAUUCCUGAUGAGGAAGAGGCUGCAUUCCUUCGUUCUCUUGGCUGGGAGGAGGAUUCUGGUGAGGAUGAAGGCCUUACUGAAGAGGAGAUCAAUGCCUUUUACCAGGAGUGCAUGAAAUUGGGCACGACCACAUUAAAGCUAUGUCAGGGCAUGCAACCAAAGUUGUCCAAGUUUUUUGCCACUAACUUGCAUGGAGCUUCUGCUGAAUUGAGUUCUGACUCCAGAUCUGAAGCUUAAUGUUCGGUUAUAUGAAGGAUAGAUCCAAGUUCCAUUUUUUGAUGGCAGAUGGCUAGUAACAUUCUUCCCUUUCGUUUUUAAAGAAGGCUGAUGAUUUGGGAGUGAAAGAAGUGGGUGGGUUUUGAUCGGAACCCUGCAUUUUGCAAAUAUUGCAAUAAGUUACAGGUGCCUCGAUCCUGCCUGCUUAACAGGGGAUAUUUUUUUUUUUCCUUUCUUUUUCUUUUGGGUUAAAAGUUAUAGGUUGGGUAGGGGUAGGGUAGGGCUAUUUUGUCUGCAGUGGAAGGUGCUGGGCAAUUGCAUCUUUUGGGGUAUUUUGAUCCGUUUUUCUUUCAAGAGGGUUUGAUUCUACAUGAUAAAGUUUAUGAUGUUUUUGGUCAAUUUUACGAAAAAAAAAAAGGAAAUUAAAAGCUUCUAAUUUUAGAGCAUAAUGGUAUGAUUCUUUGAUCCGUAUACUUUCCAGUGGUCGUUCAGCCGUUAACUGGGAUUCGUUGGAGACAUAAAAUUGAAGGUUUUCUUUUAUAGAACAAGAAAUCUUAUUGUAUCGAAAAUAUACUCCAAUAACUCUUUAAUU